UUUGUCAAGUUGGUUCUUUUGAAGCAAUGUUUUGAAGUAAUAUAUUUUGUUUUCCUCUUUGUUUUUAGCAGUUUAGGCGGUGAACUAACGUAAAGUAAGAUUUUAAAGCAUUAAAAACAAGAUUUAACAACCGUAGAAUAUCAUAGACUGGUUUCGAUCAACAACAUGACAAGCGAUUUACAAAAGAUUGAAAUGGUCUCAAUAUUUGUUGUACCUACAUUAUAAUCAUCAAGUGCAAAGCAUCAAGUACCUAGCUAGUGAUAAAAUUCUGCGUUCUGCCUGAAAUGUGACUGGUACACUCCAAUUUUUAUAUAUCAAUUCGGAGCUUUAACGACUUAAAAGGAUUAUAAAAAAAUGAAACGUAAAAAGUCUCCAGAUUCAAAACCAAAACGAACUAAAAAAGCCAAAGAAUCAAACCCAUCCAAUGGAAUUGACAAAUCUCAACGGUUAUUACGUAGUCAGACAAGUCCGCAGACACCUCAUGCUAGGGGAAAACGGGCUUCAGACAAAACAGACAAAAGAAAUGGACUGGGCCUUGUAUGUGGCAAACCAAUGCCACCUCUAUCAGAAUUGGAAAAGAUGUAUGAUGGGAGCGAUGAAGAGAUGCCUGAAACAACUUCUGCAGCUGCUUCCGCAAAUAUCAAAGCACCAGAAGAAAAAAGCACUCCUGUUUCUAAUGGGGCAAUAACACCAACCACAGCCAAGAAAUAUGCUGAUGAAAUAUUAAAAAUAUUAAAUGGCGAAGAUGCACCUCAGCCUAUUAUACCAAUGAAAAAAUAUAAAAAACCAGAAGUACCCUAUAUAGUUGGUUGCACUGAACGUGAACGGAUCCCAGAAAACCCUAAUUGUAAUGUUUUUAAAGGUGAUGAUUAUGGCAUUACUAGUAAAACUAAUGCUUUGAAUGGAGAUGAAGACCAAGGCUGCAGUGAUACACCAGGAUUUUAUAUGAAUCCGUAUAGUUUAUCAAAGUCAAUUUUUAAUGCUCAAGCAAAUGAAAUAGCAUCAAAACUACUAUCUAAUGAAAAUAAUCCCAUUGUUGGUGGUUCUGAUAGUGAGGACACCAUGAUCUAUGAACUGAACUCGCCUAUACAUAGAUUUUCACCAGUACCUAGCACUUCAAAAGACUGCGAAACCAUUUCAAAAAAUGAUCAAAAGUUUAUAGAGAGUUUUGUUUCGUCCAAAAAGAAUUAUGGUGAAACCAAUCAUACAAUUGAAACAUUUAGUAAAACUACCGUUAUUGAGGAAGGUCUAUUCAACAUAGGUGCAGAUUUGAAAAAUCCUAGAGAAGAAAUUUUGAAAUCUGAAAGUGGUCCUCUAGCAAACACAGUACAUGAAUUAGUGACAAAUAAUGUUACGUCAUCUUUAAAUAGUGGUGGUAGUGAUGAUGAUAUUGAAAUCAUUGAACAGCCUUGUGAAACCAUUGAGAUAAAUGAUGAAGUGAACCACAUGGAUGUGAAGACUAAACCUUGCACAUAUGUUAAAAGUGAGAAUAAUAGAAUUAAUAAGUUGGAUAUGAUUGUUGAUAAUAUAUUAGAUGAUGAUAUAUGUGAAAUAAUAGACAUUGAUACACCUAAUGCGAACAUAAAACGCAGUAACAAAGUCCGAACAGAAACAAUCAAAUCACCAAUAGUACUUCAAAAAUAUUAUAAUCCUUUUGAUUCGAAUAUAAUUGCUGAAAUUGAUUUAACUAAUGUUGAUGAUGUGAUUUCUGAAAAUCAAUCUAUAAUUGAUAAAUAUAGCAAACACAACAUUUUAAGCUCAGUAAACUUAGUAGAAACUAAUGUUGCUAGACCUGGAUCAGUAGAAAAUACAAAUAAACCUAAAAAUGUCGCUAGCAUGCAAUUUGGAAGUAAAAAUAACCAAACAAACACUGACCAGACUACAAAACAUAAUCAAUUUUUUUCUAGCGAAUUAGAAAAAAUUGUUAAAGACUUUUUUAAUAAGCGGGGAAACACUAGUUGUCCCCAUAAUCGAGCUAUUAGGCCUUUAGUUUUGCAUGGCAGUGAAAAAAUGUUUCCUGUAUGCUCUCUAAAUAACAGUUUAAAUAAUCCUAUUCAAAGAAAUUUUCCAGAGCUCUCUCUAAAUAACAGUUUAAAUAAUCCUAUUCAAAGAAAUUUUCCAGAGCUCUCUCUAAAUAACAGUUUAAAUAAUCCUAUUCAAAGAAAUUUUCCAGAGCUCUCUCUAAAUAACAGUUUAAAUAAUCCUAUUCAAAGAAAUUUUCCAGAGCUCUUUCUAAAUAACAGUUUAAGUCCAAACAAACAAAGUAAAAGGAAAAGACGAAAUAAAGAUAAAAGUCAAAGUAAAGCUGAUAACAACAUAAAUCCAAGUACAACUAAUUUAUUUAAUGUAAAUAACAAUGUAGAAACUCCUAGUCAACCAUCACUGGGAACGUGUCCUAUUUGCUUAGAUGACUUGACUAGAGAAAGAGUAGGAUCGACCAAUUGCGGCCAUCUAUUUUGUAUGCCUUGCUUAUCAACAGCAUUAAAAACCAAACCUAAAAGGUGUCCUACAUGUAGGAAGAAACUGACUGGUCUUGGGUACCAUCAGAUUUUUGUGUAAGAUGAAGGUUGUUCCAUGUAAUUUACUUUAAGGUGCAUUGGGGUAAAUGCGAAAGUUCAUUUUUUCUACCAAUACUAGUGAUAAAAUUCAGAAAUACCCCAAGACACAUCGCAAUUACCCCAAUUGUAAAUACUAUCUGCUUUAUAAGUAUCUCAUAUAUUAAGUUUCUCAAAAUAUCUGUCAGUAUGUAAAGAGAGUUAAACUAUAAUUGGAGCUAAUUAGAAAAAUUGUUGAUAUAAAAUUAACUGAAUAAAAAUUGUCGCCUUAAACUACCUUAGUAAUAGCUUAAGGCGAAAACAUGUUUACGUGUCGUGUCACCACAACACGUAAAUAUCAGUUUCAUACAUUUUGUAUGGUUAGUAAAGACACAUCAUAGUGGCGCGGCGUGUCUUGAGUUGUUACGCCUUGUGUGGUGUCUCUCUCUAGUCAUACUAAAUGUAUGAAAUCGCUGCGUGACGACACGCCACGUAGAUGUCUCUGGCGUUAUAUUUUCUUUUGCUACUUUACUUUGUUUAUUAAUAACUAGACGAUGCCCGCGGCUUCGCCCGCGUAGAUUUCGGUUUUUUUGUUCCCCUGGAUGUAUCCUAAGUCUGUACCAAAUUUCAUUAAAAUUGGUUCAGCGAUUUGGCCGUGAAA